CACUACUCGGAAUUUGGGAUUUGGAUACUCUGGUGCGCCAUUUUCCUGCCUGAAAAAAGCCGAGUUACAGUGGCAAGAAAAUUGCAAAAACGCGAAAUUGCACAUUGCGAAAAGUAUAACAAAGUGUUGAAAAGUUUCGGGCAAUCUAAAUAGCGGCCACCUAUGAUGAGUCCAGUUUGAUUUGCAAUUUGUUGUCUAUAUAAACAAGCGCCUUGGUUUGAGCAUUGGUAAGCAAGGACACGAAAAUGGAAGAAGUAUCCAGCCUAGACUCAUUUGGCGCGGAUUCAAACGCCCGGCCUGAGUCGGCCACGCCUCGUCCAGAGGAUCAGGACCAACAGCAACAGCGGACUCCAGCGGAUACACAAGAUACGCCGGCCUCACCGCCAGCAGAAGAUGCCGCUCCCCAGGACACUGGGAAAGAGCCGGAAGAGGAGUUCGAACAGAUAUCAGAGGGCUCCUUGGACGCAGAGGACAACCAGUCCCAGGAUAAGGCUUCAGCUUCGCCGCCAAGGGAUCCUGUAGAAGAGGAAGAGCAAACAGAGGUUACCCGACGCGACCCUGAAGAGCCGGAGGAGACAGACGGCUUAAAAACAAACGAAAAGGACGAGGAGGCCGGCGGCGAUGCUGUCGAUGGUGGUCCUGCGUCCAACGAAGCCAUGGAUGUGGAUGAGAGUGAAGCAGGAGGGGAUCAAGACGCUGGUGAGAACGAAGAAGCCGCAGAAGAAAGACACCCAACGGAGGAGCCAGAGGCAGGAGACGAUGUGGAAAUGCGCUCAAUGGGAGGAGAUUCCCGUCAGGGAGAUGACGCAGAGCCCCCAGAAGGCAGGGACGAGGUUGAUACGAGUCUAGAAGAUCGGGAAAAUGCGACCGAGGCAAAUGAGAAUGAGAAUGAAAACGAAGCUCAUGCGGAGGACGACGACAAUCCGGAUGGUGACGCUGAAUCGGAGCAGAUCGAAGAGGGUGAAGGAGGAGAGGAAGGUGGAGAGGCCGAGCAUGGAGAUGACACCGUUGAAAAUGUGUUGGAACCAGAGGAGUCAGACGUUUGCCUCAUUCCUGACGACCCGGAAACCGAGGUGACUGAAGCUGAGAAGGAAAUAGCCCGCGAAAACGCCGAAAAGGCUGCCGAGGAGGAAGAGGCUGCCGAGCAGAAUCAAUCAAAAUCCCCCCAGGGCGAUGGAAAAUCGACUACAGACACACCUGUUGAUCCGGAAUCCGAGGGUGCUGUUAGUGGCGAGCCCACCGAAGAGUCUCAGACCACUGCAAACGAUGCUCAAGCCGGAGAUAAGGCAGCAUCGGAGAGGGCCGAAGAUGACGUUAGAGGUGCAGCAGCCCACGACGAAGAGGCCGCUGAAAAUGCACCUGAUGCCGACGAGCCCACUGGAGAGGAAUUCGCCAGUGGAGUGGCUGGAGAACCUGGCGCAUCUCCCAAAACCAUCAUCAGUUGGAUCGUGGGCAGUGUGGAGAAAUGCCGACAAUGCGACAACGAGAAGACCUGUGGAUUCCGGUUCAAAAAACCGGAGGAGUCUCAGGAAAAGGAGAAAGAAGACGGCGAUAAUGAGAACGAAGAAUCUCCUAAGGAGCCAGCAGCCCCAGUUUACGAGUUCAUCUGCGACUCGACAUGCUGCAAUGCCCUACUGGCAGAUAAUCCAGGAAAGUUCUUCGUGCGGCGCAAGAAGUUCCUCGUGGAAGAGGUAGUUCGCGAAGGAAGCGCCGAAAGAGCUGACGCUGAGGGCGAAACGGCAGAAGAUGAUGAUGCUGCCUCAGAAAAGACACAGGCCUGUCUGCAGUGUAAGGAGGAAAAGCGGUGCAAGUACUUCAUAAAGCAGGACCAGGACUGCUUCUACAUCUGCAACGAUGACUGCUUCAAUCUGCUCAACGCGGAGGAGCCAGACAAGUUCAAGCUCAAGCGACACUCGAUCAGGGUUCGCAAUAUUGGCGCCACCACACUGCAGCCGCAGCAAAAUUCGCCGGGCAAGCGUGCCGAGAGUAGUGUAGUAGCCAGGACGCUGGCCGAAGCAGAGGCGGCACGACUGGACAGGAUCGAGAGCUUCCGGAGACGAUGCGCCGACUGUGAGGCAGAGAUUAACGUGAACGAGAAGCAACUCAUCUGGGAAACCAUGGACUUCUGCAACGAGGUCUGUCUGGGAAGUUACCAGCGCACAAUCGGCUCCAGCUGCGAGACAUGUAAAGAGGAGGUUAGCUCCACGGCUCUCGGCAAGUACUGUGUCCGUUUCGGCUUCGAUGUUCGGCAGUUCUGCUGCGCUGGAUGCCUAAACACUUUCAAGAAAGGUCUGAAGACCUGUUCCUGCUGCCAGAAGGACAUCAGCGGCGGGCAGGAGGGCUUCCUGGCACCGGUGGGCGAUAAGGACCAGUUCAAAGACUUUUGCUCGCAGGCCUGUCUGCGCCGAUACGACAGCAUGUGCAAUCCCAGGCGAAAACUUCGCACCGAUAUGUGCGGGGUGUGCAACAACGAAAAGCCAGUGCGCGUCGAGAUGCUGCUUGAGGACAGGGAACACUAUUUCUGCUCCAAUCCCUGCUUUUCGGCGUUCAAGUUCGUGAGCAACGUAAACGCCGACCCCUGCGCCAUGUGCUCCAAGUAUUUUGAGCGAAGGAGCGCCGAGGCGUACACCAUAUACAACGAGCACCAAACUCCAAAGGUCUUCUGCUCGCGGGUAUGCAUCAACGUCUAUAUCAUUGUCAACCGGCACAUCGUCUCCUGCCAGUGGUGUAAGGUUAAGAAGUACAACUUCGACAUGAUCUACCAGCUGAGUGGGCAGGAGGACCACGACACUCUAACACUAACCUGCUCCAUUAACUGUCUGACCAUGCACGGUGUAAGCUGCAACAUUUCGGCCCGGGCGGUUACCAAAUGCGACAACUGCAGCAACUUCAACACCCCGCAAUACCAUCUUACCAUGUCGGACGCCUCCAUGCGCAACUUUUGCACAUACCAGUGCGUAAUGCAGUUCCAGAAUCAAUUCGCACGUGCUCCGCUCACCCUGGACAGCGAUCAGCCACAGUCCGGAGGUAGCCCGAGUCCUGGCAGCAGCAGUUCCAAGCAAGGCCGUAGCCGUAGGGACACUGCACCGUUCCCCACAGGUCUACCCAAGCGUGUCAAGCUAAAGCUCUCCCAGUCUGGAAAACCCACUGCCAAGAAAUCAGGCACCAUGCUGCCAGUGAUAUCUACGGUCCAAUCCCUGGCAAGUGGCGAAAAUCUGACUGUGCGCCGCAAACGUGGACGUCCUCGAGAAUCGGGGGCUGCUUCACCUCCUCCGCUGCCAGGGUCCCAUCCGGCACCACAACGUGGAAGACCCCGCAAGCAUGUUGACUACGCGGCGCGAUCUCCAUCGCCAGGUGGACUGUCACCGAUCGGAGCUCGGCGUAACACAACCACGUCCAUGGACUAUCCACCGGCCACGGUGUCAGAGACAAAGAUCAUCACAGUGCCCCCGUAUCCGAAAGCUGUGCGCAACGUUAACAUAAGCUGUAAACCAAUGAUGGUAUCCACGGGCGAGCAGGCCUGUCCGACUAUGAGAGAAUGUGGAAUGCAGACCGAGAAGGACUACUCCAACAAAGUGCUCAUCCCAGUGCCAGUGCCCAUCUUUAUCCCGCAGCCCAUGUACAUGUACUCUGCUCCGUUCCCCGUACCGGUGCCCAUUCCACUACCCAUCCCAGUGCCGAUAUUCAUCCCCACGACGAGAAACACCUCGCAGGGCAUACUCAAAGAGAUCAAGAAGAUCCAGGACAAGAUGCCCGAGGAUCCGCUCGAGGCUGAACUCCUAAUGAUGGCCGAGAUGGUUGCCGAAGAGAAGCAUGACUCGGAUUCUGAUUCUGAUAACGAGAUCAAGCCGGACCCCGGCCUUGUGACCCUGCAAUACCAGAACAGUCUUGAGGCCGUUGCCCAGCAGCAGCAGCAACAACAGGUGGUUGACGUCAGCGGGGCUGGACACAACCCCUAUGGUGACGAUAUGCUGCAGCUAGCACUGAAGAUGGCCACGGGCGACUAUGACAACCACCACCAAACUUCCACGGUGGAUCUGGAGACGUCCAUGACAGCAAAUACCAUCAGCAGUCAAUCGCCAAUGGCCCACGACAUGGGUCAGAUGGGAGUGCACCAUCUGGAUCAGCAGCAUCACAUGUUAGAUGCAACAAAUCGGUCGCCUCGGGGACGCAAACGAGCCGGCGGCGCUGUCCUGGAGUCGCCUAAUCGUAACAGCAGGUCACCAGUUAAGCGGCAGCGUGGUGAAAUGGACCACUCCGCCCUGCAACAGCAGUCGCAGCAGGCACAGCAGCCACAGGAGAAGCCUGAUGCCCAAAUGUUCCUCAAAUACACAUUUGGUGUAAACGCCUGGAAGCAGUGGGUGAUGACCAAGAAUGCUGAUCUUGAGAAGAGCUCCAUGCGGAGGCGUCCCUUCAAGACGGAGCUUCUACAGAUGACCGCCGAUGAGUUGAACUACUCACUUUGUCUCUUCGUAAAGGAGGUGCGCAAGCCCAAUGGCACCGAAUAUGCUCCAGACACCAUAUACUAUCUUGUCUUGGGAAUACAGCAAUAUCUUUAUGUGAAUGGCCGUAUUGACAAUAUUUUCUACGAUCCAUAUUAUGAGCGGUUUACGGAGUGUUUGGAUGAAGUGGCACGUAAAUUUUCCGUGCUUUACAACGAUUCGCAAUACAUUGUCACCCGCGUGGAAGAGGAGCAUUUGUGGGAGUGCAAACAACUUGGUGCUCAUUCUCCACACGUACUGCUCAGCACUCUCAUGUUCUUCAACACCAAACACUUUAAUUUGACGACUGUAGAAGAGCACAUGCAGUUAUCCUUCUCCCACAUAAUGAAGCACUGGAAGCGCUCAUCCCAGAAUUCCAAAGUUCCUGGUUCCCGGAACGUGCUCUUACGCUUUUAUCCACCGCAGGCUGGUUUGGACGCCAAUCCACGAAAGAAGAAGGUUUAUGAGCAACAAGAGAAUGAGGAGAAUCCACUGCGGUGUCCCGUCCGCCUUUACGAAUUUUAUCUCUCUAAAUGUCCGGAAAGUGUCAAAACCCGCAACGAUGUAUUUUACUUGCAGCCCGAGCGUUCCUGCGUGCCCGACUCUCCCGUUUGGUACUCCACGCAAGCUCUGGGCCAAGACGCGUUGCAACGGAUGCUGCACCGCGUGAAAAUGGUGAAAGAAAUCAAUAUUGCGCUAUUGACGACCUAAUGGUUGGCUAAGCAGAUACCAUAUCAGAGUGUAUGUGCAAGGCUUGUUCUGCAAUAUCAACCGAGGGCGAUUCUUCGGCAUGGUGCUUAGCACGAGUUUGUUUGCGGGCAAAACCAAAUAGGGCUAAAACUAGGAGCGAGAGUUGUGCUAUAUUAUAAAUUGUUUUUAACUUUUAUACUUAUAUUUUGAGUGUGGCAGCGAUGAGAUAGAGAGGAGAAAUUGUAAAUGUAAAAACGAUUACCAAGUCCAUCUCACUAACAACUGAACUAAAAUAAACUAGAAACCAACAAGCAACAAUCCACCCCACAAACACACAACAUACAAACACAACAACACCUUCAGACAUUUUCAUUAGGAUAAGUUUAGUAGCCAGACCCACACAUUUUUAGUCAUUACUUAAAUUGUUUAGGCGAUAAGGCAAAAAGCCGACAAAGUGCAUGUAUGUAUGUACAUAAAUCUACGAUAGAUGACCAUACAGUGAUUGUACAAGGAAUAUUGUACAUAUGAUGCAAAACCCUAACAAUUAGCGGCGCUGAUGUAAGUGUUGAAAAUGUAAAAUGCUGUACUCCUUAACUGCAAGAUUUAGACAUGUCUAUAUAUUAAAUACAUACAUACUUUGAAUGAC